AUGCUGUCACCAGACCCAUCCGUGACAAAAUUCAGAGUAAAAAAAUUUCCAGUAACUGAUGGAAAUGGCAACAACUUCAAUCAUCAUCAAAUCGAGCAAAUUAGCCAUGAGCCAGUAGCUAAAGUGACUAGCUGCUUGAGGUGCAGGAAACUAAAGAAAAAAUGCAACAAAGCUAAGCCAGAGUGCUCAAAUUGUGACAAGGCAGGAGAAGAGUGUCAAUAUGUGCCCCGGAAACAACGAGUGACGAAGAAGGACAAGUUGAAGAAUAAGCAAGAAGGACCAACAACCCCACAUGAUAUAUUAAACCCAAAAAGUCCAAACAUAUCUCAUGGCCUUGAAAACUUGAGUCCUGCAAUUCUGGAUAGUCUGUCGUACCUUACACAACAACUGGACCAAAUGCAAAAUCCGCCAGCCAGAUUAUUCCAUCCCCAACUACAGACAAACUACAACAUGUCUUAUGCGAGUAUAGAGCCUAACCAUUCUGAUUUGAGAUCCAUGACCCCAAGUAGCGGACAGCAACAGGAACAGCCACAAAAAGACGAUCCAUCAGAAAGCCACAACAACGAGCUUGAAUCGUUUUCAUCACUCUCAACUCCUCCUGUGACCCUAAAUCCCAUCGACGCUCGAGCUCCAAGUUUUGACGCUUAUCCAAAACAAAUUUCCAAAGUCUUGUACGGUGCAGUUGGUAUCAAGACAAAUUCAAAUGUUAGCAUCAUACCACCCAUAAUUGAUAAAGUUUUGCUAACACGAAUAAUGAAUGCAUUCUUUAUGCACACGUACAGGAUAUGCCCGGUGAUAAACAAGAAUGAAUUUCUCGUCAAAUUCAAUCAAAUGUUUCAGGGCGAUAGUGACUGUGUGUCAUUGGAAGAGUUCCAGGACCAAUAUGAAUUAUAUAUGGUGUUGGCGAUUGGAGGCACCCAUUUGGAAAGAUCGGGAAUUAUCGGGAGGGAGAAACGGAUUUCUGAAUACUUUGUCUCCAUGGCAUUGUCUAGCGUACACAAUAACAUUUCCAAAAAUGAUAUAGUUAGCAUGAAGAAUCUAAUGCUAUUGGCAUUGUACUCAUUUUUCAACCCGGCCGAAUUUAUUGCGUGGGAAAUUGCUGGAAAGUUGGCUAGAAUGGCCAUACACUUGGGAUUGAACCAGGCGGUUUCCAAGCAAGAAGCGGAACGGAUGACGACACGAGAAAUCGAAAUGAGAACGAGACUUUUGUGGUCUGUUUACACAAUUGACCGAUUGACCUCGGUAACGUUGGGUAGACCAGUGGCUCUCCAUGAUGAUGAUAUCAAUGUCCCGUUUCCGCAGAUACUAGAUGACGAUGAAUUAGAUGACAUUACCACUUAUCGACUAGUCAUUCACUUGAGACAAAUUGAAGGACAAAUUUUGCGAAGAGUUCAUUCGGUUAACGUGCAUAAGCAUUUCCAAAACAAGGGUCAGCCCGAAGAAGCCUUGCGCGAGCAGGUUUUGCAAGAACUACGCGAUGAAAUUGAGGAGUGGCAUAGUAAUGCAAAUGAGUUGGAGCAUACGACAACCAGGCCCAAACAAUCACUAGCCUUUAGGGCGCUGAUACCGUGGUUCACUGCUAGGUACAACCAUUUGCUUAUCCUUCUUUACCGCCCUUCAUACUUGAACCCACAACCGCUGCAGGACAAGCUAGACACCUUGGGUAAAGCGUGCUUGCAGACCUUGUCAUCAACGUACAAGCUAUUCAAGUCCAAGUCACUCCCGUUGAAUUGGACCACAUUGUACCGGUUUCUUAUGGUGUGUACUACAAUCUUGUAUUGUCUAUGCAAAUGGGCCAUCGAUCUAAUGGAAUCAAAAACGGAGAUAUGCUAUUGCAUAGAAAUAUUUCAAGCAUUUGGAAGUGACUGGGUUGUAGCAAAGAAAUGUGCCGAGGUAUUCAAAAAGAUUGAAAACAAAUUGUUGGAAAUCACCUUGACUGACGGCCAUACUAGUGACAUGGAUAAUUUGUCAAAAGAACUCCUAGGAGCAUCAAGCUCUUACCACGAAAUAUUAAACGUCCAUUCAGUAGAUCUAUGCAUUGAUAGCCAGUACAUGUAUGGAUUUGAAAGCUAG